UUUUUAUUUCUCGGUUUAUUUGUUUUUGUCCUUUAACACAACUCUUUUUUUUUCUUUUAAUUUUUUUAAAACAUGGCAGUUACGGUGUCAGCCCUUGCCUCCGCUGGUUACUUCCACGGCCUUCACGGGGACCCUCGAGUGCCCCCAUCCCCAUCGCUCACUUCAAUAACACCACCCCAGUCCCAGUACCUGCUGCUGCCCUCGGCCUCGGCACCUCGGCACCGCGCGAGCAUUGGCGAGUACUUUCUGGCGUUUGAAAAACUCCCGCGGGAAACAGGAGACGCCUCCAGGACCGUAGCCCAGCGCCAUCUGUGAGUCGCGGCUGUAACUGCGGAGGUUCGGGUCUUUGCCGCGCGGCAGAGCAGCGCUCCGCUCGCAGCCGCAGUAAAAUGUCAGUUGUCAAUAUUGACUAUAUUUGCAUGUGCCAAUGUUAGAGGCAUCUAGAGAAAGGUCAGAACUGGAGGCCUCAGGUGAAAGUGAAGUGCAGCUGCCGGUUGCCGGUGAAAACAAAGCCGGGUCGGGCCUACACACCUGUGGUGAGGCCUCCAGGGGAAACCAAUCGAAGCCCAAUCCUGAAAAGACAUGUCUUUCAGUGAUGAUGAAGCCUGUUGUCUCCUCCAAGGGGAUGAUUUCAGUCGCUGAAGUUCAAGUUUCCCAUUCAGAAUCAAGCGGAUCAGCUGGAUGCUCUUCGUUGGAUCAAAGAAUGAUAAGAAGAACCGAAGCAAGCUUAGAAAAUCUGGAAGUAUUCCCUGAAGAGAGAGGUGCAGAAAUAACUGAGGAAAGUGACGAAGUUGAUGUGAUGGAGCAAAAUAGUUCAGAAUGCCCAAUUCUCAUGCUGCCUAAUGAAAUUUUAUUGACAAUAUUUAGUAAACUUAGUGACAAUACUCUUAUUAACAUUGCUCCUGUUUGCAAGCAUUGGUGUGAAUUGUCCAAACACAAAAGUUUGUGGCCCAACAAAAAUAUAUACUAUGAUUAUAAGCCUGAUCGAGACAGUUAUGCUCGUUUCCUGCGAGCCUUUAAGGCUAUUAAGUAUUUUCAAAUGCUUGAUGUACAUUCUAUGCCGUCUGAGGAAAGUGAACCACUUUUAAGCCUUCUGAGUAAUGGACCAGUAAGUGUCAAACACUUUUAUUGUUUCUGUCUUGCCCACCCAAGGGUCAUAGUAGAGUUUUUGGAGCGCUUUAAGGACACUCUUGAGGAGCUCAUUAUAACUAUUUCAGAUGAGCGUCUAUCAUACGGGGAAGGUGGCACCUUUAAGGAUGGUGUCAAACCUCGACCUGGUUUUAUGCUUAAACUCAUUUCUGAAAUGAGGAAUUUGAGGAUCAUAAGAUUCACUGGGACACUUUCGUACAUAGCCCGUCAUCAAGGGGCUGUAAAUCCAAAGUGGUAUUUUGGGGAGCUGGAGAACCAAGAGUUGAAGCUUGAAGCAAUAGCUAUGAAUUUAAAAGCCCCUAAAAGAGCUUUUAAAAAUUUUGAGGUACUUGUCCACAAAUUAAUUAUACCAUUUCUGAGAAGUAAGACACCUUUUUUGGAAGAGCUUCAUCUUACCCCGGGCAUCUGGAUCUUCCCGGAAGUUCAAAAUCUUUUGAAAGACUGUGGUAAACUUCAGGCCAUAGUUGGAUUUCCUAUGAGUUGCCUACAUGCCUUGGAAACCUUCAAACAGCAGAUUUUUAUUGACUUCAUUGUAGCGCCUUGGUAUGAUUACGAAAAAAUCAAGGGUAUGUUGCCUAAUGUGGAGGGACUGUCUCAUAUCCUUGAUGUGUCCCUUUGUUUCUGUGAUCAAUUCUGUCCAUACAAUGUGCCCGAACAUCGUAGACUGAUUUUGCAAACAUUCCUUCCCAUGCUGGCAGAAAGGCUUCCCUCUUGCAAACGAGUCCACAUUUUCAGGACUGGAAGUUCGCGCUCUGGACGAUCUAUAGGUAUUGGUCCCUUUAAUGAAAGUCUUCAUACCACUUGUGCGCUGUCAAGAUUCCUCCAUGCUCUUCGUGGAACACUAGAAGAAGUGCAUGUGACAGACGUAUAUCAUGGUGGUAAGAAUCUGCCUCACCUUAUGAAGGUCGUGAAGGAAACUGUUCCUCACCUCAAGUGCAGAGGCAAUGCCUUAAAUCGUCUUGGAAAUAUGGGCUGCUUGUUCUCUAUCCAUACAAAAUCUGAAAGUGUUAUUCCUUAUACAAAAAAACUCAGGUGUUUGUUUUAACUUGCUUGAGUCUUGUUCUCCAGUUACAUCCAAGGGGAAAUAACUUCAGCCAAAUUUGUACACCAAAAUUCAUCAAACAUGUAACAUUCAAUAAAAUUCAUUGAAAUUUGACUGAAAUUCAUUGAAAGUUGACUGAAAUUUAUCAAAAUUCAACUGAAAUUCAUUGGAUUUGCACACCAAAAUUCACAGUGAUUUCCCCUUGAUUACAUCUCUUGCCAUAAUAGUUGUUUUGUAAUCAAGACAUAAUCAAUCAUCUAGGAUUUAAUCCACUUGAUUUCUUAGUUGUUUUCUCUUGUUCUGUUUGUUCUUGUCUGAACUGUUAAACCUAUGGUCUGACGUGUAAUAUUGGACUGUUUUCUUCACCGCAUCAGUAUUAUCUUCUGAAGAAUAGAAUUAUACCUAGUUACCUAUUAGUAUACCUAUUUGUAAUAUUAAAUGUAUGAUUAGGCACUAUAAGCUGCCUUUAUUUGUUGUAGUAGUACGAAUAGUGUAAUCUACUUCCGGUCACUUAUCUCUGCUCUCUAGAAUCAAUUGUAUCGAACAGUUUUCUGCAUUGUAAAACAAAGUCUAUAAAAACACCUGCUCCGGAUUAAAUCUUUCUCACUCUUGCCUUGGA